AUGAGUCUCCUGCAUACAAUCACUACGUGCAUUACUUUGGUAGUUCUACUCUCCUCCCAAACAGUAGCCACUAAAGAUGAUUUGAAACAUGUGAAUCCCCUGAUCGGGUCUACCAACGGCGGCAAUGUCUUCGCCGGCGCUAGUCUGCCGUACGGGCUCGCUAAGCCCGUCGCCGACGUCGACGGUCAGAACACCGGAGGCUUCUCGACCGACGGAAGCAAUGUGACCGGGUUCUCGCAUCUGCAUGACAGUGGUACGGGCGGCAAUCCAUCCCUGGGAAACUUCCCCCUGUUCCCGCAGUAUUGCCCCGACGAUGUCCUGGACAACUGCAAGUUUCCCAAAUCCGCACGCGCAGUGCCCUACGCCAAGGACUCGGUCGUGGCCCGCCCGGGAUACUUUGCAAUAAGUCUUUAUAAUGGCAUCCGCGCGGAGAUGACCGUUGCGCGGCGCAGCGCGCUGUAUCGAUUCAAGUUUCCGUCUGCUGACACGGGAAACGGGUCUGCGCUGCAUCCGCUGAUCUCUCUGGAUCUGACCGAUCUCUGGGAUAGUCGACAGAAUGCGUCGAUCACCAUUGAUGCGCACUCGGGUCGUAUCAGAGGGAAUGGCACGUUCCUGCCGAGUUUCGGCGCCGGGUCUUACCAGACCUAUUUCUGUGCCGAUUUUGCAGGCGCGCGGGUUCAUGAUAGUGGGAUCUGGGUGAAUGAUCGGGCUGGGUCUGAGCCUAAGCAGCUGUUUCUCACUCGCGGAUUUAACGGCUUCUAUCUCCAGGGUGGAGGCUUCGUGAGCUUUGAUCGGCCACACGAUGGAGUUGUCACUGCGCGAGUGGGAGUGAGCUUUAUCAGCACAGAUCAAGCUUGCAAUAAUGCAGAAAAAGAGAUCCCCGAUCCACUUCAUGACUUCGGGAGUUUGCGAAAAGAUGCCGAGGAUGCAUGGAGAGCCAAACUUAGCCCUAUCAAAGUAACAGCCGGCGGCGCUGGCGAUGAUAUGCUGAGCAGCUUUUGGAGUGGUGUUUAUCGGACGAUGCUCUCGCCCCAGGAUAUGACAGGCGAGAAUCCGUUGUGGAAGAGCGACGAGCCAUAUUUUGAUUCGUUUUACUGUUUAUGGGAUGCCUUCCGGUCCCAGCACCCGUUCCUGACGAUCGUGGAUCCUCACGCGCAAUCCCGAAUGUCUCUGCAAAGGCUGGACGCAGGGGGCUCCAAUGCCGACGUGGUCCUUGCCGACGCCUAUGUGAAGAAUCUGACAGGAAUUAAUUGGGAGCUCGCUUAUAAGGCGAUGGUCAACGACGCCGAGAAUGAGCCGUUGGAGUGGUCAUACGAAGGCCGGGGCGGACUUCAGAGCUGGAAGCGGCUCCACUAUAUCCCCUACCUGGACUUCGAUUACCUGGGAUUUGGUACUAACUCCCGCAGUGUCUCGCGCACUGUGGAGUACGCGUACAAUGACUACAGUUUGGCGGUUGUGGCCAAGGGCCUCGGCAAGACCGACUAUACCACCUAUAUUUCCCGCUCGGGCAAUUGGAAAAAUCUCUUUAAAAAGGACCAGAAGUCUUUGCUCGAGAACGGGACCGAUACUGGCUUCACGGGGUUCCUUCAGCCCAAACAUCUCAACGGCACUUGGGGCUAUCAAGACCCCAUUGCCUGUAGUGCUUUGGCGUCUUGGUGCUCGCUGACAUCAAAUCCAUCCGAGACCUUCGAGUCUAGCAUAUGGGAGUACUUGUUUUUCGUCCCUCAUGACAUGGCAUCUUUGAUCAAGCUCCUCGGUGGCCCCGAGUCCUUCGUUUCCCGACUGGAUUACUUCCAUGACUCCGGGCUAGCCGACAUUGGAAAUGAGCCAGUGUUUCUAACCGUUUUUGAAUAUCACUACGCUGGCCGGCCAGCCCUCUCAGCCCGCCGAGCCCACAAGUAUAUCCCGUCAUCCUUCAACGCCUCGCACAGCGGCCUACCUGGCAAUGACGACUCUGGUGCCAUGGGGUCAUUCAUGGCCUGGUGUAUGAUGGGUCUAUUCCCGAAUCCUGGUCAGAAUGUCUACCUCAUUAUUGCGCCAUUCUUCGAGGCAGUUGAAAUCACUCAUCCCGAAACGAACCAGACGGCCACGAUUCGCAACGUCAACUUUGACAAGUCCUAUCGCAAAGUCUAUAUCCAGAGUGCUAAGCUCAAUGGAAACCCUUAUACCAAGAAUUGGGUUGGUCAUGAGUUCUUUACUCGUGGGAUGACGCUCGAGCUUACUCUGGGGGAGCAUGAGAGUGACUGGGGGACCGGCAAGGAGGACUUGCCUCCAAGUGUCAGUGGUUCACUUGCCAAGGAAAGUGAUGUGUAG